UAUCCUUGUGAUUUGAAUAUCCGGUGGGCGGGACUUCGCUGUACUGGAGUAGUGGAUCUGAUCCCGGUUGACAGAAUUAUGUUUUAAUCGUUCGUACGUGCAAAUAUAGCCCAAGAGUACUGACAGAUCAAACCUACGUCUGGUUCUGCUUCUUCUAGAAGACUAAAGUCAUGGCAGCUAAUAAGAGCAAAACCCAGAGUUCGCUGGUUCUGCACAAGGUGAUCAUGGUGGGCAGCGGCGGCGUGGGGAAAUCAGCUCUGACGCUGCAGUUCAUGUAUGACGAGUUUGUGGAGGACUAUGAGCCCACCAAAGCAGACAGUUACCGGAAGAAGGUGGUGCUGGAUGGAGAGGAGGUGCAGAUUGAUAUUUUGGAUACGGCGGGGCAGGAAGACUACGCUGCCAUCAGGGACAACUACUUCCGCAGCGGAGAGGGUUUCCUUCUGGUUUUCUCCAUCACAGAGCCCGAGUCCUUCAGCGCCUCGUCAGACUUCAGGGAGCAGAUCCUGAGAGUGAAAGCGGAGGAUGAUAAAAUCCCUCUGUUAUUGGUGGGGAAUAAGUCUGAUUUGGAGGACAGGAGACAGGUUUCUGCGGACGAGGCACGAACCAAAGCGGACGAGUGGUCCGUCCAGUAUGUAGAAACAUCAGCCAAAACCAGAGCCAAUGUGGAUAAGGUCUUCUUUGAUCUGAUGAGGGAGGUGCGGGCGAAGAAGAUGUCCGAGAACAAGGAGAAGAACGGGAAGAAGAGCGGCAAGAAUAAGAAGAGUUUGAAAGAGAGAUGCACGCUGCUUUGAUUCCCACCUCAAGCUUUCCUGUGCUGGACUGAGCCCUUCUUCUGAUGAUGAUGAGGAGACCAGAUCUUCCUCCUGCAGGGUUUUUCUUGCCAAAUACAAUCAAACCAAAUCACUUCUUAUGGGUUUUCAAUGUUGCCGUAAAAUCAAAUCAGUAGCGAAACUCUAAUCUGUGAAAUGUGUAUGCUUUAUAAAAGUACUUUCCAAAAGUAUUUACUUUUUUUUCUUUUUUACUUUUAAACACUAGGAAUUGUCAUUAUGCUGCAUAUCUGGGCCUCAUUCGUGAUAUAGGUAUAGAAUCCAUUUUUAAGUAAAUUGUUGCAUUGAAUUAAAUCUGAUAAUUUGCAACAAACUAUUUAGAAAUGAAUUCAUGAAUUUCUUUUUUCACUAUGUUUCACAUACAUGUAUAUCUUUUUAUGCUAAAUACUCUAUCUGUCUUUCCCUAAGGAAUAGGGCAACAGACAUAUGCAAUGUUUUUUUUUUUUUAUGCAUUAUCGUGAAGCUGAGGAAGGUGAAUGUGUUCACUGAUUUCACUAUGCAAGCUCACCGAGUGUGUGGCUUUUAUUAUGACAUAAACACACAAUUGAAAUUAUGAUAUUUUUGUAAUCCAACCACUUUAUUGAUUUCUCUGCCUGGGGAUUAAAGACCAAAUAAACCUUCUCUGAAUUUGUUAUGAAA